AUGGAGCAAGGGAUUGUUAUUGUGUUCUUGGCUGUCUGCAUGCCUGCAAUGGCGGGCAAACUACCAGACUACAUAAUACCGUGCAAAGCAGACAACACCCUCAACGAAUGUUCCUUAAGAAACGGCAGAGAAGUCAUACCCAAAAUUAUAAAAGGAGAUCCAAAGUUCCGUAUCCCCAGACUUGAUCCUCUGCUGAUCUCCAAGCUGGCGGUCAACCAAGGAACGUCCCAAGUAGGACUCAACCUCACUCUCAGGGAUUCCAACAUCCUCGGACUGAAGGCUACUCAGUUCACUGGUUCCAGGAUGGACCUCGCCAAGAAGCACGUGGAGUGGGACUUCUUCGUACCAAGGAUUGAGAUUGUUGGAGGCUACAAAGCCGCUGGCAAGAUUCUAGUGCUUCCCAUCGUUGGCAACGGCCUAGGCAACAUUACCUUGUUGAACAUGAACAUCACGUACAAGUUCGACUACAAGCUGGACCGCAUCAAGGGGGAAGAUUACGUAAGAAUCACAACAGCCAAACUCAAGUUCGACUCGACAAGGAUGUACAUUCGCAUGGAGAACUUGUUCAACGGCGACAGACUUCUAGGAGAGGCGAUGCAUCAGUUCCUGGACCAGAACUGGAAGGAGGUGCUGGCAGAACUUGGUCCUUCCGUUGGAGACGCCAUCGGGACUGUCUUCAAACUGAUCUUCACCAACGUGGCGUCCAGCGUGCCUUUCCGCCAUAUCUUCCUCACAUGA